CACGAAAUUCCGGACGUGAACACUCUCAUUUCCUUUAUCGAGUGAACUAGAGUAAAUACGAGUGAAUUCACUCCACCACUUGUGUUGCACAUCGGGAGAAUACUUUGAUAUUUAUUUGAUUAUCGUAAGCAGUGGAUUCAAGAUGUUGACGACAAAAGUAUUCUUUCGGAAAACUAAAGGAGGAAAUGUGUUUAAGACUGUCAGGGAACAUUACCUUAGAGAUGAUAUUCAUUGUGGCUCUAAAUCCUGUGACAAAUGUCCUUAUAAAACACGAAAUGUAAUUUUGGAUAGUAAUGAAUCGAGUGUAAAGAGCUCUAAAAUAAUGGGACAUUAUUAUUUGUUAUUGGAUACGAAUAUCAUCUUAGACCAAAUUGAUAUUCUGGAAGAAAGUAUUAUUUGCAAUGUAAUAAUUUUGCAAACAGUGCUUGAAGAAGUGAAGCAUAAGAGUUCUACGGUGUACAAAAAAUUGAAGGAUAUUAUCAGUAAUACGCAAAGAAAGUUUUAUGUGUUUGUUAAUGAGCAUCACAAAGACACUUAUAUUGAAAGAAAUCCUGGUGAAAGCACAAACGAUAGAAACGAUAGAGCAAUUAGAGUUGCAACGAAGUGGUAUAAUCAGCAUCUGAAUGCAAGUGAUUGUAGUAUCAAGACAGUGCUAUUAACAGACGAUGCCAAGAACAGAGAAUUAGCAGGAGCUGAAGGCAUUCUAGCUGUUUCAAUGGAAGAUUAUAUUUUGUCGUUAGACAACGCUGGUUUCUUGACCGAUAAACUGUGCAAAAAAAGUUACACCGCUGAGACUGGUGGUCAAGAAUUUUUCCCGUGUCAUCUCACGCCAUCUGAAAUACACGAUGGCAUAAAAGGUGGCAGAUUCUUGCAAGGAACAUUCCAAGCUUCUCGAGAAAAUUUCCUGGAAGGAUUCGUGAACGUAGAUGGAGUUGAAAAAUCCAUUUUGAUCCAAGGCCGUAGUAAUCUCAACAGAGUUGUUGAUGGUGAUACAGUGGCUAUACAGCUGUUAGCAGAAGAUCAGUGGUCGUCUCCCAGUGACAUCAUACUGCAAGAUGAAGAAGAAGCAGACGUCGAUGAUGUUUUAGAGACUGAAAAAGUGUUAGAUAAGUUCGUUUCAUCGGAUAAGAUGGAGAAAACACCGACUGGCAAGGUCGUCGGUAUUAUCAGAAGAAACUGGAGGCAAUAUUGUGGAAUAUUGCAGCCUAGUAACAUAGAAGGAAAUGUACGACAUAUAUUCGUCCCAGCCGAGCGAAAAAUACCGAAAAUAAGAAUCGAGACUAGACAGUACGCCAUUUUAAGCAAGCAGAGGAUUAUCGUGGCCAUUGAUUCGUGGCCACGUAACUCCAGAUAUCCUCUCGGUCACUUCGUGCGCGCGUUAGGCGAAAUAGGAGACAAGCUUACAGAAAACGAAGUGAUAUUAUUGGAACACGAUAUUCCUCAUAGCCGGUUCUCUGACGCUGUCCUUAGUUCGCUACCGAAAAUGCCAUGGCGCAUCACAGACUUAGACAUGGCACAGAGGGAAGAUUUAAGACAUCUAGAUGUAUGUUCUGUCGAUCCACCAGGAUGCACAGAUAUAGACGACGCGCUUCAUUGUAGGGAACUACCGAAUGGUAAUCUCGAAGUCGGUGUACACAUAGCAGAUGUAACGCAUUUCAUUAGGCCAGGAACAGCGUUAGAUAAGGAAGCAGCGUUGCGAGCUACGACUGUGUAUUUGGUUGAUACGAGGAUACACAUGCUUCCUGACUUGCUUAGCUCGAAUCUUUGCUCUCUGAUAAAGAACGAGGAUAGAUUUGCAUUUUCUUGUAUCUGGGAAAUGGACAGAGAAGCGAACAUAAUUAACACUAGAUAUUGCAAAUCCGUGAUUUUUUCGCGAGCAGCGAUGACGUACGACGAAGCACAAUUGAAGAUCGACGAUCCGUUGCAGCACGAUGCACUCGCAAAGUCGUUGAGGCUCCUUAAUGGUUUGGCGAAGACAUUGAAGAAAAGACGUUUAGAAAAUGGCGCACUAGUGUUGGCGUCUCCGGAAAUUCGUUUUCAAGUCGACAGUGAAACCCACGAUCCUAUUGAUGUGCAGGCUAAACAAUUGCGAGAAACUAAUUCGAUGGUCGAAGAAUUUAUGUUGCUCGCAAAUAUUUCAGUCGCGAAGAAGAUUGUAAAUGAAUUUCCAGAAUGUGCAGUAUUGAGGAGGCAUCCUGAACCACCACCUGCUAAUUUCGAGCCUCUCAUAAAGGCCGGCAAAAAUCAAGGCUUUAUUAUCAAUGCCAACAGCGGCAAGGAAUUAGCACAAUCGUUGGACAAUUGUCAUAAAGAAGGCAACCCAUACUUCAAUACCAUGUUAAGAAUACUUGCUACACGUUGUAUGAUGCAAGCUGUGUAUUUUAUUAGUGGAAUGCAUCAACCGAGUGAAUAUUACCAUUAUGGUUUAGCCUGUCCCAUUUAUACUCAUUUUACAUCACCUAUUCGAAGAUACGCAGACGUGAUGGUUCAUCGCUUGUUGGCAGUUUGCAUCGGAGCUGACGCGACUUAUCCCGAAUUGUUAGAUAAAAAGAAAAGCGAGGCACUUUGUCAAAAUCUGAAUUAUCGCAAUAGAAUGGCUCAGCAUGCUGAUCGAGCAUCAGUUGCAUUAAAUACACAUUUGUUCUUUAGAGAAAAAAUUCAGGACGAGGAAGGGUAUAUACUGUUUGUACGGAAAAAUGCGCUACAAAUAUUGAUCCCGAAAUAUGGAUUAGAGGGCACUUUGUAUUUGAACGAAAAGAAGGAAUCGUCUGUUACGUUCACGUACAAUGGCGAGGAUCAUUCGCAAACUUGUGGGAAUGUUGUGUUCCACGCUUUCGAUCCUGUUGUAGUACAAAUAAGCUUAGAUAGAUCUAACGUGCAACACGAGAAGUUAAUACUUAAACUUGUCAAGCCAUUCAUCCCAAAUUUCAGUCUACCUGCAGCGACCGAGGAAUCUUGUAAAAUUAUGUCAGAAGAACGUGCGAAAGAAGUGACGAAACGGAAAGUAGAAACGGAGAAGUCGUUGAACGAUAACACGAAAAGUGGAGCGAGUAGAAGAAGAGAGAAGAGAAAAAGGAAACAUUAAGUUCACUGUACAUAUGCAUAUUUCUUCUUUUUUCGAAUGCUUUGUUUUUCACUAUUUUUGUACAUCGUCGACUAAGAAUAUGAGAAUUAAUAAAUAUAUACACAUACGCAUUUAA